UAUGAGCACACAUUCUCAAAGCAAUGGUGAAAGUAUUAGCAUUGUUGAUGGAGAUGAGGCAUUAAAAUCUCAAGGAGGCGUGGAUGUUACUGAAGAUAAAUUGGUUUCAAUUAGUUCUGUCAGCUCUUCGGCUGAUGAUCGAAGUGUCGGAAAUAGUACUGAUGAAGAUGUUCAAGACAAUGCUGACUUAGAAGAGCGCGAAGAAUUGUUGGCUACUGGUGAUGAACUUCAAGAGACUGAUGUGGAAUUGAUUGAUUCUGGUAAUGAAGUUUCUCUGUUAGAUGAGAAACAUGAGGCUGCCCGUGGACGAGCUAUUUCCCGACUUAUUGGAUUUAGUUUGGUUUUGAUUAUAGUGCCGUUAACUGCGAUGUACAUGUCAUAUCGAUUUAUUUUUACCGAUUAUUUCCAUUUGCCUCGUGACAAAGCUGUUUUGUAUGGUGGACUUGUUGCCGCUGCUUUAGUUUAUGUUAUUUUGGGUUUGUUUGCUUGGAUUGCUUAUAAAGAUGAACAACAGACAGCAAUAACCGAUGAUAAAACUAAAAACGUGGAAAGUAAAAAAAUUGAUUAA